GGACAAACAGUGCACUAAAUAGGGCGUGAAGUGCGCAAGUGUAAGGCGCAUAGAGGGAUUUGGGCACCUGGCGUUAAUUGAGGAACCUGCAGCAUUUAAUUGCAGUAACCUUGUGCUAUUCUUUGGGAUAAUGGUGUAAUAUUAGAAUUUCAGUGUGUUUGUGUUAUUCUUUGGGAUAAUAUUGUAACGUUAGAACUUCAGUGUGUUUGUGUUAUUAGUUUAGAGCUUGCGAAUAGUGACAGAAUCGAAUAACAAGGAGUUAGUAAACGCGAUGUAAGCUCGCUGGUGCGCAUGCGCGACGAGCCUGGCUAUUAACGCUUCUCUUAAGAAAUUUCCUCUUAAAGCACCAUGAGUUCUAGAAUUCAUUCUCAGUCCCCUUUAGAAAACAAACGCUUAAAUCUCAUACCUAUUGGACGACAGCUCCAGAGAACUCCUCCGAAUAAGAGCCAGACUACGCGUCUGUCAGAAGAACCAGCAAACGAGGAGAAAGAAGACUCACAGGAUGUAGUGCAGGAUAACACAACGUACCCCUCUGUGGAAGAGGAGAGUAAGUCAUCUCGCAGGUCCAGCAUCACGCCAGCCACCGCGAAGAUGGGGAACGCCGAACCUGAUGCUUUUAUUCAGGGCAUGCAGGGCUACCAGUGGACUGAUGCAGACCUGGAGUUUGUCUAUCAGGCCAAGCAGCAGAAACAAGCUCGACAGCUGAAGCAAGAGUUGAGUGAAAUUGAGAAAACUCUGCAGACCGAGACUCAGAGGUUGGAGCUGGCCACCACCUCUCGAGACCGACUGCAGUCUGAACUGUCUAAGACUCUAUCCUGCGACACGCUGCUGCAGCUGUGCAAAAGUGUCCUGUCCUGUUCUCGGACUUCUGAUCAGCUGGAUGGUUUGGGAAACAAAGACAAACAAAGGAGUCGUUUUCAGAGGUCCUGCCCACAAAGGUAA